GGGCAUAGCCAGAUUGCAAAAGAGAGAAAAAGGAAAGCAGCGGCAGAGGUGCAUAAAUCCUCAUUCCCACAUCUAGAGGAAGCAACGUUUGCUGUCCGGGAGAGACUACCUCCACGUUGGUUUUUCCGAACAUCUAGGAGUGCUCCACAGCUUGCUGUGCAUCCAGGAAAGAGACGAGGAACCUAGUGAGGCAGCGAACCCCCAGCUGUCAAGCACAGAGGUGGGCUAGGAGGAGGUCUAUGACCCUUGAUUUUCAGCAGGGGAGUGGCACACGGGAAGACGUAGCUGCCGACAAGCAACAGACACCCGGCUCUUGUGAUCUUCCAAUUCACUAAUCCAUUCCAUGCCAUUGUCAUAGCAAUGUAAAGCCUUUCUCUUCUGACUGGAGGAGGCAUGCUCCAAUCUAUUGCUGAGGCACAUCUGUUCUCUCCAAGUAAAAUCUUUCUGUUGCGAUCCCACUGCAACCUGUGCUCUUUCAUCAGUGCUUUUUUAUUUGCGUUCUCUCUGUGCUUUUCAUUGUCCCUCUGAAACCAGAUGGCUUUUCUGUCUUUUUGAGUCUUUUGGGAGGGGGGGGGGGCUGUCAUUGUGUUUUGUUCUGCAUGGAAUGACAACUGCUUUUCAGAGGGAGUGAGGACUACAUGAAGUCACCACUAACUGGAAAGCUCCUUGAGAAAUUGUAAAGAACCUUUGUUGUCAAGUCUCUUUAAAGACUUGCUUCUUUAAACCCCUUUGGACUUGCCUCCUCACAUACUGUACGGGAGGAUAUUUCUACUUUUUGCCCAAGUAGUAAAACUAGUUUUAACCGGAUACAGCCAUGAAGGGAGAUUCAGAAGACAGCAUUGAAAGCACCAGGCCAUCCAGCCUGCAAGUUUUCGCCAACAGCUCUACGUUACAUGGCAUGAGUCACAUUUUUGCCUACGGGCACAUGACAUUUCGUCGUUUUCUUUGGACACUGUCCUUCAUGGGCUCUUUGGGUCUUCUGAUGUUUGUGUGCUUGGACCGAGUUUACUACUACUUUGACUUUCCCCAUGUCACCAAACUUGACGAGGUGGCGGCACCCAACCUUACCUUUCCAGCUAUUACCUUCUGUAACCUCAAUGAGUUCCGUUUCUCGAAAUUCACCAAGAACGAUCUGUACCAUGUCGGGGAGUUGCUGGCUCUGCUCAAUGAGAACUACCAGAUAGCAAACCCGCACUUGGCCGAGCCAGAAGUGCUCACUUUGCUGAAAGACAAGGCUAAUUUUGCCAACUUCAAGCCCAAGCUGUUCAACAUGACGGAUUUCUACAACCGUACGGGCCAUGAUAUUAACGAAAUGCUCUUACAGUGCACCUUUAGAGGGGAAGAAUGCUUCCCACUGAACUUCACCACAAUUUACACAAGAUAUGGGAAAUGUUAUACCUUCAACUCUGGUCUAGAUGGAAACCCUUUGUUGACGACUUUAAAAGGUGGAACUGGAAAUGGGCUGGAAAUCAUGUUGGAUAUUCAACAGGAUGAGUACUUGCCCGUUUGGGGUGACACAGAUGAAACGUCGUAUGAAGCGGGCAUCAAAGUUCAGAUCCACAGCCAGAAUGAGCCGCCAUUCAUUGAUCAGCUGGGAUUUGGUGUGGCCCCUGGUUUUCAAACUUUUGUGUCUUGUCAGCAACAACUGCUUCAAUAUCUUCCUCCGCCAUGGGGUGACUGCAGAUCCACCCCGAUGGACUCUGAAUUCUUCUCCACGUACAGCAUCACAGCCUGUCGCAUUGACUGUGAGACCCGCUACCUGUUGGAGAACUGUAAUUGCAGAAUGGUGCAUAUGCCAGGUACCUCUACUGUCUGCACACCAGAGCAGUACAAAGACUGUGCCGAUCCAGCUUUAGAUUUUCUAGUGGAGAAGGACAAUGAUUACUGUGUUUGCGAGACUCCUUGCAACAUGACUCGUUAUGGUAAAGAGCUGUCCAUGGUGAAAAUACCCAGCAAGGCCUCUGCUAAGUAUCUCGCCAAGAAGUUCAAUAAGACAGAACAGUAUAUUGGGGACAACAUACUGGUGCUGGAUAUCUUUUUCGAGGCUCUGAACUAUGAGAAAAUUGAACAAAAGAAAGCAUAUGAAGUUGCUGGAUUACUUGGCGAUAUUGGUGGACAGAUGGGUCUGUUUAUAGGAGCCAGUGUCUUGACAAUAUUGGAGAUAUUUGAUUACUUGUAUGAGGUUUUUAAGGACAAAGUACUGGGUUAUUUUCUACGCAAGAGACGGCCACAUCGGAGCACUAGUGACAAUCUGGAUUUCCCAGAGAAUUCCACCAGCCCUGGUGUCACGCCUAACCAUGUCCCCAGCUUUCAAGAUGGAGAUGAUGUUUUGCAGAAGUUCAGAGCACAUGUGACACACUCCGGAGUCACUCGGACAGUCUCGGAUUCGCGCCGAAUGUGCUACCUAGUCACCCGACUAUAGGCAACUUCGAGGAAUUCGCUUGUUGAUGACACCAUUGGCGGGACCCCAUCGGGACAGUUUAGGGUACAAUGGAAAACUGUGAAAUAUCCAAUAGACUAUAAAAGAAGUGUAAGUCCAUGAAGAUGUAUGUUAAAUAGUUUCAAUAAAUAAUCUAUCAACUCCUGAAUAGAAGUAUGUUAUCAUGAAGUACAAAUAGGCAACACUUCCAAAACAAAACUCAGGUUUUAUGAACAUAGCUCAACAUCACAGCCACUGUUUGUUUGCCAUUGUGAAAAUCCUGGUAGAUUUUAUGCCAUUUCUUUCAAACGUACCAAUACUGUGACAAUAUUUCCUCCAUGAGAGUAUUUUGUGCUUUGAAUACUGUAUGAACAAUGUGGGCCUAAUUUGAUCAAGCCGCCUUAAUCAGAUCUAAGAUAGAAAGCGUUUUAAAAUUGCACAAAAUUGGUUAAAGAUACAGUUGGUUUGGCCAAGGUUGAAAUCUACUUUGGAACUUUUUUUUGUACAAUAAUCGUGAGCUUUAACUACAAACUUGCUGCGGUUUGACUGAGUUUAGCCCUGUGAUAGUACUCAAAAAUGUGUAAUCAUUCAGAAUGUUUGUCUUUAUUCAUAUUUUGUGUAUAUAAGUGCAAUAAUAUGCAUAAUGUGUUAAUGAAUACUGUAUAUUACCUUCGAGUCUUAAUUAUUAGCUGUCAGGAAAAUGGACGGACACUUUCAUCACAACCUGAGUGACCAGCAAUUUGCUUUGCUCAGCGUUUGAUUUUGGCAAGCUAAUAUUAUGCUAUUUAUGUACUUGUUUCAACCUCACUGGACAGUGACAAAACAGGACGUUGAAGAAUGUUUCAAUUUAUGAAUAAUGCGUUUUAUAAGUGUAAUGUUCACGUGAGAGCUUCACUGUCCCGAUGAAUUCAGAUCCAAAGCGAAUGCACUGAAUACAAGGAAUGAGUCUGUUAAUCAAGUGGUUGUAACUUUAUGGUUUCAUGUGAGCUAAUUCUUUAUUUUAAGUGGCAAAGACUGUAAGCAAUGUGUUGAUGUGGAAAUUCUAUUGACAUAAUCAUGGAAGAGCUCUUGAAAAGUUAUACACUCAUAUCUUAUAUUUGCAUAGCAUGAGCACUUCAGCAUUCUGCCUGUAAGUUAAAGGAAUAUUCCGGGUUCGGUACAAGUUAAGCUCAAUCGACAGCAUUUGCGACAUAAUGUUGAUUACUACAAAAGUUAGUUUUGGCUCGUCCUUCCUUUUCUUAAAAAUAAAGCAAAAAUUGAGGUUACAGUGAGGCACUUACAAUGGAAGUGAAUGGGGGCCAAUUUUGGGGUGUUUUAAAGGCAGAAAUGUGAAUCUUAUAAUUUUAUAAAAGCACUUGCAUUAAUUAUUCUGUUAAAACUCAUGUAUUAUUUGAGCUGUAAAGCUGUUUAAAUCAUCUUUUUUACAGUCAUUUUAGGGUUUGUUGACAUUGCAUCGUCAUGGCAACAAAGUUGGCUAUAACUUUACACAGAAAAUGUUUGUAAGGGAUUUUAUCACACUAAACUCAUGUUAACACACGUAUCGUUUAUGUCUUGUGGCUAUGCUUUUGAGAAAGUGAGUAUUUUAACAUAGACAAAUUGGCCCCCAUUCACUUCCAUUGUAAGUGCCUCACAGUAACACAGAGUUUUGCUUUUUUUAAAGAAAAGGAGGGGCAAGUCAAAAUUAUUUUUUGUGGUUGUCAACAUUAUGUCACAAAUGCUGUCAAUUGAGCUUAACUUAUAUUGAACCCGGAAUAUUCCUUUAAGGUGAAACCAAACAGGUGUCUUUCUAUUUUCUUAUGAAUUUUCAAAACGAAUCCAUCACCUGCUGACCACACACACACACACACACACACACACACACACACACACACACACACACACACACACACACACAGUAUAUAAAAGAUACAAAUUUAAACAUACAGUGGUCCCUAAGAGUACUUGGACACUUAAGUCACAUUUAAAACUGAAUGAAUAACAAAAUAUCAAAGCAAGUGGGAUUUAUUUUAAAGAAAGGUAGCAUAAGCACACUUUUCAAAUGUUAGUGGAGCAUGUCUGUUGUUAAUCUCAUGAACUACACCUAUGGUUACUCUGCUUGGACACCUGCGUGAACUUCAUAUAUCCACUAAAAAUCAUCUUAGCACCAGUUGGUUAAAAGUAACUGCAAAAAUGACAUUUGUUUGCAGAUGCCACUUGCUUUGAUAUUUUAUAUAUCCGAUGCAGUGACAUUCAUACAUUUUUAUGUGUUGCUUAUGUGUCCAAAUACAUUUUGAGGCCUCCAUAGCUCUGAUUCACUUCAAUGCAUAAUCGCAUUAUAGGCUAGUAUCACAAAACAGACAUCUUCCAUCAGCUUGUUUAUCUGUACUUGGCUACACUGUAUUAUUGCAUUGUUUUAUAUAAACUACAAUGGGAUUUCUAGUACAGGUGUCACAAUUUUAAACUAUGUAAAUCAUCCAGUAUAAUAAACAAUAUAUUUA